CUGUCUGUUCUGCCCAUCAGCUGUGUUCCUGCCCCAGUCACCACCCGACCAUCAUCUGACAGCACACCUGUCUCUCAUCUCUCAUCAGACUGCUGGUUUAGAGGGAAUCCUCUGCAGAGUCCCAUGGAUCUGUCCGACCUUCCCUUCCCUCUGUCCUCAGCCGAUGACCUCUACGAUGACCCCUGCUUCAGCACCAGUGACAUGAACUUUUUCGAUGACCUGGACGCUCGGCUGAUGCACGCUGGCCUGCUGAAGCCAGAAGACCAUCUUCACCACCAUCAGCACCACCACAUCCCCAAGGAUGAGCAUGUGAGGGCUCCAGGGGGCCUCCACCAGGCAGGGCACUGCCUGCUGUGGGCCUGCAAGGCCUGCAAGAGAAAGACAACACAUGCAGACAGAAGAAAAGCAGCAACGAUGAGAGAACGGCGUCGGCUUAGUAAAGUGAACGACGCCUUUGAGACCCUGAAACGCUGCACAGCCUCCAAUCCGAACCAGCGGCUGCCAAAAGUGGAGAUCCUACGCAACGCAAUCAGCUACAUUGAGUCCCUUCAGGCGCUGCUGAGGGCUGGCCGGGAUGACGGCUUCUACCCGCCGCUGGAACACUACAGCGGGGACUCGGACGUCUCCAGCCCCUGCUCCAACUGCUCUGAUGGCAUGAUGGAUUUCAUCUCUCCGUGUUCAACCAGAAGUGAAAACAGUGACAGUUCCAGCCAAACACCACACGAUUGCAGCAGAACUAAACCGUCCCUGAUUUCCAGUUUGGACUGUUUGUCCAGCAUCGUAGAGCGGAUCAGCACAGACCCGGCUGUGGCCCCACCAGGAGAUAGCGUGGUCCCCCGGGGCCCCGGGUCACCUGAUAACAGCCCUUCUGUCUCUAGUCCCUCUGCUGAGCCGCUAUGAGUCACUCUGAACCUGAGGGAGCCGAGGACUCAAAUUCCACAGAAAGACAAACUCAUUCCCUCCAUUUUUGUGGAGGAAAGUUCAGGAGGCCUAAUGAAAAAACGCUUAACUGUUCCUUCCACAGUUGGAGUUCACACUUUUUUUUACAGGAUCUCUCUAAAUUUUAUUACAGUUUCUCUUUUUGUUUGCGUGAAAAAUGAACUGAAGGCUGCUAUGUGUUGGAUGAAGCUCAGCAGAAAAAAAAAAUACACAAAUGUACAUACACUAGUAGGGGGAGCAGAUUAUUUCUGUUACAGACAUAAUGACCAAGGACCAUUUUGUACAUCUGUAGAUAAGAGUUGCCUGUUCAUAUAAUGCACACACACACACUCACAUACAGACACAAGAGAUACUGGGAUUGUUGUGUCAUAUGUUUCUGUAUAUUAUUUAUGAGUGAAAGGCAUUUUAAUAAAGAAAUAUUUAAAUUCUGA